GUCACACAUCCAACCCUUCUCAACCCGUCAGGGGAAAAUCCACAAGGAUUUCAACACGAGAGAGAAGAGAGUGUCUGUGUGCGGGUCUUCAACGCAAUCCUAACCACUAAUGCCUUGACAGCUUACAAUGGCCAGUUCUCCGUUAUUCAAACAACUCUAUGGGCGCUAUCGCUUGGAGCCAUUUGCUGGCUUCGAGUCUUCAAGCGCAGGACUCAAUGUCCAACUCGAAGAGCCCUUCAAUCAGCGCGUGGCUUCGCGUCGCUAUGUGAAGCUUGCCGAUGAAUACUUCGAGCUCUGGUCCCCGAAUUCUACGAUGAAAGAGUUUCUGCCGGGGUUGCCGCAUUCCACAUACCAUCUCCGUAUGGAUACCAACCCAGAUUAUCGACGAUUCGACGGCUCCUGGGGACGCUUCGAUUACACUCAAUCUCCACAGUAUAUUGGUUCCAACCCUCCUUACAUUCCCUAUAUCCGUCGAGCUCAUACUCUCAAGACAAAUGACUCUUUAUACAUUGUGUAUGCCCCACUCAUGGACUUCUGGGAGAAGUCAACCAAUCAGCUGGGACGGGUGACCGCCAAGGGUAUUCAACUUCUUCAGCAGGUCACGAAAGUAAUGCAAGGCACAACUCAACUGUUGCUCAAGAAAUCCACCACAACGCAGGAGGCUUCCUCAUGUAUUCCGACACCACCUACAGCGGAUAUGUUGGAGAGUUUGACCCGUUUGCGGCGCUGGGACGACGUUGUGGACGAUUUUACGGCUGUCCAAAGGCAUUUACGACUUACCAAUGCUUGGAUAAAUUGGGUCAAUCAGGAAACAGGAUUGAAGUCAUCAACCAGCAGUUUUCCGAACGCGAAAGAAGGGUAUAUGGGAGUAUGGGUGAACGGGAUGCCUGCUGAACGUAUUCGCCGGCUGCUUCUAGCAAGAAUCCCAUGCUUUAUCGUUGCCGCAGUCAAUCAACAUGACUUGCCAGCAACAGAGCCCAUUCUGACUUCAUUCUUGAGCAACACCGAAACGGAACGGCUCUUGGAAUGCGACAACCCAUACAUGAAGUUUGCCAGGCAAAUUAAAGGUUUUCGGGUUGGAAGGACCAAGCUGUCGGGUGCUAUCAUCUAUGGACUGACACCGCCUUUCGAUGGGGAGAAAAUGCGUAGGGCUUCCUCGCUAUAUCGCCCUCCCAGUCCUCCUCCGGUCAAACUUCCUACUUUCAAAAAAAAAAUUGCAGUCACAAAUCAACCACCCAUCUCAACCAGUGUACCUUCUUCAUCCGUUUCUUCACAGUUAUCCACCCGGGUAGCUGGAUCAUCAACGUUGCUAGAGAAAAGCUCGCGUCGAAUAAUUCAACUACCACCAGGUGGUCUGGAAGAAGCGAUGAGACUUGCAGAUGAAGCAGAAGAAAUUGAUGAUGGCUCUGAUUGGGACGAAGUUGAUGAUCCGAGCGAUGAGGAGCGGCCUUCUGCUCCUACGGAGCCCCAGUUCCAGCCGAUCGCCCCCAAGACACUUUCUAUUAGCUCGGACAAGGUCGACUGGAUUGUACCACCUCCCGUUCACGAGAAACAGACCUCUUUCAGCAAUAUGCACUUCUACAUCGGCAAAACGGCCGAUGGGAAAAUGGCCAUGUACCAAGGGAGGGAGAGAGGAGGCAAACAAUACUAUGAUCGAGCCAACGGGCGUGUUUUAGUGAUGCACAACUACAAACUACCUAGAGGAGUGAUUGAACCCGAACGGUAUGGAUUCCCGCCUCCCCCCCUGUACGUCUUCAUACGCGGUCGCCACUCGGAAUGGAUGCCUACCAAACCCACUACUUGGCUCUAUUACACCAGCGGAAAGAAAAAAGGCCAGAAUGUAGGGGACAAAGCACCGAUUCCUAAUGCGGAUCAGUUACCAUCUCUAUCUGACAAGAAGCACUUGAAGCGAUCCCAAGGUCAGCCAGCAGACUCCUCGCGGUCACGACCCUCGCCAAUACACUGCCCGCCUCCCCGCCCACGGUCGCGAUCUCCUCCAAAUCGACCUGCAUCUUCUGUUCCUACUAUCGGUCUUGUGCAAUUGGAUGCGGAGAUGACUGUGCUGCAAUCUGAUGUAUUUGCACAUGAUGCCAAUCGAAAGCAGUUGGACGUGGAGAUGACCGAAUUGGUGCGGCCAACGCAUGUUCCAGCCCCGAGCCAGAAGCAAGUGGAUGUGGAGAUGACUAUGUUGCAAGCCGAUGCAUCUGUUCCUAUCGCCAACCGAAAACAGUUGAAUAUAGAAAAGACCGAAUCGGUAGGGUCAGCGUCUUCCAGCCCGAAGCAAGUCAAUGUGGAAAUGACUGAGUUGCAUGGUGAUUCUGCUUUGAGGCCAACAUUCAAGAUGUCUAGAAUGCCGUCAACCUCUUCAAUCACUCUAUCUCCCCUUCCUUCUCUGUCGCCAGAGCAACGACCCACUUCGGCAUCGUCAAGCCCAGCGAACAUUGUCAAAGCAGAGGGAAAUGGACAAGCACAACAGCGGUCUUGGGAGUAUAACUCGACUUUCUCGUGGCAACUCGACAGUUUGCGGGCGAAAAUGGUGUCGCGGACCAAUGUUCCCAAUCAACCUUCUCCCAAAUCGAUGUUUCUGGAGGAACGCAUCGGGCCUCGGAAACGCAGUCACUCGCCCUCGUCCAGGAACGACCAACCAGCGAAGAAGAAAAGGCGCAAUCCGCCCAAUAAGCACAAUCAAAAGCGAGCGGUUGCCAGAAAACUCGCCAAAGAUUUAGUCUUUUCCGAGAUCCGAAAGCGACAAUCUAUGCAAGUUGACGGACCAACGAUAACGACAGAGGCGCUGGAGAUGCUGGCCAGCUCCUCAUCACGGAAAGGACGACAAGCUGAAGAUGAUACAGUUUCAUUGGGUUCCGUUGAGUCAGAGUAG